GCCGGAAGAAACUCCGAUACAUUGGUGCGCAAGUUCCGGUAUUUCAGGUGACAAAGUGGAUGAUGAUGCUAUACAACAGAAUGUAAAAGGAGUGGAGACAGCAAAGGGAAGUUACCAAUGAUGAUGAAGUUUUUGGUGACCUCCCUUGGAGAGGCCUUGCUUGCUGCAGUGAUAUUGUGGCUGCUGCCUGGAAGUAAAUGUGCUCCAUUCUGUGGAGAGAAUUUAAAAUGUGGCUGUAAUGUGACAGAUAGUUGUACAAUCUGCCCGAGGGGUCUGGUCCCCUCAGGGCAUGGCAUUCUGGGGCCUAGACAGUUUUCACCAGAUGAGAAAUGCCUGAAGAUUAGCAAAGGCAGCUCUGAAGAGCUUUCACUGCUCAUUCAUUUUGAGGGACUGAUUCACCUAGAAAUUCAUCGCUAUUUUAUACCAGCUGUAUCACAGAAGAACCUUCCCUUUUAUCGAAAUACAAAUCUAAGUUACCUCAGUCUUUCAAACAAUGGUAUUCAGACAUUUGUGGAAGAUUUCUUCUCCGAGUUAUCAGCUCUUCGUCAUCUUGAUCUCAGUGGCAAUCAGAUUCACAAGAUGCCAUCUCAGUUGUUUGCUCAGUUACAUAGUUUAGAAUCUGUAAUGUUGCAAGAAAACUUGAUCAAAAAUUUACCCUUGGAGUUAUUCUCUGGACAAGGCAAGUUGAAGCUGCUUAAUCUCUGUGAUAACAAAAUCUCUUUUCUCCAUCAUGAACAGUUUGUGAAUCUCAGUGCUCUGGAAAGUUUAGAUGUCUCAAAUAACAACCUCAAGGCUGUGCCUGAAGAAGUAGUAGCUGAUUUUGCAAGGCUUAAAAAUGUUAAUCUUCAUAGUAAUCCCUGGGAUUGUUCUUGUUCUGUGGGACCAUUAGUCAGACUGCUUCAUACAUCAUCUGCACCAUCUAUGCAAAGCCCACCACUGUGCCGGUCUCCACAGAAAUACAGAAGCAAAGUUUUGACGGAAUUGUCCAUGGAUGCAGUGAACUGCUCAGUGCCUGUUAUUAUAUCAGUGUCAGAAUCUGUAGAUGUUAUUUACAACUCUAAAUUCAGCUUGACCUGUCAGGCAGAGGGUUUCCCCAAACCAGCCAUCCUGUGGACAUUACCUGUUGGUGACUUCUUUGGUCACCCGUCGGAUUAUCACCUUCUAGAUCAGUCUGAGCUUGUUCAAGUUUUUUCAGAUAACUUGUAUGUUUUUAGUGAUCAUUUGCAGCGCACCCAUGUGACAUCACCUGUUCAUGGGCAAAUCACUGUGAAUGGAAUGCGAGGAGCUCUAAGUGGGAACUACACAUGUACUGCUAUAAACCCUGCUGGAAAUGACACUGUCCAUGUCACAGUGUCUGUACACACUGGACUGCCUGUCGCCUAUUCCGGGAGUCUUCUGUUUUCAGCAGAGCUAACAAGUGCUUUCAUUGUGUGUGGAUUUUUCAUUGGCCUUAUUUCAUACAUUGUUAACAGAUGUCGCAGUCAAACAGAGAAAAAGUCUGUUGAUGAAACUGAUGAGAACAAGGGUGCAUCAGAGGUGAUGGAUGUAGAAAGUGAGGGCACCUCUACUGUGAGAGAUUUUGAUGAUAAUUUAGAUGGAGAUGAGGAUGAUGAUUCACAGGUCCCUGGCACAUCACCACUGUUAUCUACAGGGACAUCGCCAGGCAAGUGUCGCACACCUACUGGCGAGGAUUAUGACAAAUUUGCUGCGGAAUUCCCUGAGAACAUUCGGGAAACUUUGGAUGACGUGCGCUGGCGCCUAAGACAUGGAGUUGAGCGCAACAUUGAGCGUGUUCGUCAUCAGGUCAUGACAAUUAAAUCAUCUGGGUCACAAUACAUUGAUACCAUUCGAUCAUCGAGCAGUAACGCAGCAAAUCGUGUCCGAGCUGGGGUUGUCAUGGGGAUGGAACAGGUGAAAUGUGGGGUACAGUCGAUUAAGGAGUUCUGUGGGACAGGUGACAUGGGAGCUCAGACGAUAUCGACCAUCUCCGUCUCUACAGAUGUGGACACUCAAGAGUCUACCGAAACAGUUAAAACUAUAACUUUUGUCUAACAUUCCACCAUGCUUAUGUAGGCCAUGUUACACGUUCCAAUGUCUAGUAUCUGAUCAUCAGUUCCCUACGUUUAAUGCUGGGCUCUGGUGGUUUUCUACCACAUAUGGUAUGUAACUGCAGCUGUAUAUGUAUAUCUAUGGAGUAAAAUAAAGUUCACAAUUAAGAAGCACCAAUGAAGCCCUCAGCAGUAUGACUGGCCCAUUCUGCUGGGGACUUUGAUCAGUGGCAGUAUGUACUUAAUUAAGGCUCUGAUUGGGCACCAAAUUAACAGCUUGAAGGCAUCUACAAAAGGGAAGGUGGUCUCUCUGGACUGUGUUUACCUCCAUCUGGAAAUUGGACAGCCGUCAUAUAAGUGACAUAAUCUGGAGUACAGUGUUAAGCUUCAGUGAAAGUGUUCUUCACCAUAUAUACUAAAAUAAUUUUCACUCUCGCAACUAAGGUCAAAGGUUCGAAGCGGACCAGUAUCAAACAUGUAUUUUUAGAGACGAUUUUCCUGAUAAGCAACUUGCUUUUCAUUGGCUGUCUUGAUCUUUAUAUGAAUGAUACGAUGAAAGGACGUAUCCAUAACAAGUGGAAGAUGUAAUUUUUCAGUGAAAUAUAUGCUAAAAUAUUGAAUACAUUAUUUGAGGUCUGUGAACUUUUACCUAUGCACUGGGAAAAAUGCCUGUACAAAAGAUUAUAUUUUUUAUUCUCUGUAAUACAAUAAAUCAUAGGAGGCCAAUAUGUGACUGUGUAAGCAAGAUGUCUAGCAGUGACAGAAUUAAGGUUACGUGUAUAUUUAGUACUUUAAAAUAUGCCUGAAAAAUAGUAUGAUUUUUGAACAUAAAAUGCAUUCUCUUGGCUGCUCAACUUCAGAAUGUCCAAUUCAAAAAUAUAUCUUCAUGUACAUAAAGGCUCUAAUAGAUAUAUAUGUGAUAGUUUGAAUAUCCUAAAUGACUUCAAAUUUCGCACGCAAAAAUUUAUUAUUUUUGGUGCUGAAACUUACAAUUCUCCACUUGAAUAUCAUCCCACGUCCCAAGCAAACCUCAAAACACCUUUCUAAAAUCAAUAGAACUUUCAGAAUCAGGAAAAUGGGCAAGCUUGUCAUGGACGAAAUUUGUCGUCAUAUAGGGUAGUUUUCUUGUACCUAUAUGUAGUAUGGUAUAUACAUACUUUAGACCAAAGACUUUGAUGACAUGUUCUGCUAUCAGAUGAGUUCAGAAUUCAAGGUGCAACAUAGGUAUUUAAAUGCAUUUCUAAAUUUGACCUAUAGUGUAAGUAAUGUAAAGAGUAUAUAUUAUUUCAACCCACCAUAUAUCACAGAAUGUAAAAGUGUAUAUUUUUGAUGAUGUAGUUUAGCAUGUACAUGUGGUCUACCUGAGUUGUUAGGAUGAGAGUAUUGAGAUGUAUGACUGUAAAUAUUCUACUGGCGUACAAGUGCCAUCAAUUGUGCAGGUGAAAGUUGUGAACUCUCUUUUGAUAUGAAUUGUAAUGAUUGCUACACAAUGACAUCAACACAUGAUGAAACUGCUCAAAUGAUGUCACCUGUUGUGCAUCAUAUACAUGUGAUAAUGGUUUCACUGUGAUGUCACACAGGUGUACCUGAAUCAGACACGUACGAGUAUGGCGCUGUUGACAGUGAUAGACAACACACCAUAAAUAUAUAUGAAAUGUUCCACAAAUAUAUAUUGUGCCUGUGGAAAUUACUAUUAUGUGAUUACAUGGGCUCUCGG